ACUAAAUACAAACAAGGUCUCACUCAUCAAGACCGCUAGGAGCCAGUGAGAAUUCGGAAGUUUUAGCGAGCACGGUGCGGAGUUUUCUUCACCAAACGAUCAAAACCCUGCUGGCUUGUCAACAAAGACAACAAACUGUUUUUUGGUUAACCAACUUUCAAUUUUCCUUCUAAUUUUCACACAUCAGCCUAAAUGUUGAGGUGUGGACAAAAAAGAGACAUCUCACUUAAAAAUUGGCUCAUAAAGAGAACAGACCAGCUUUUAAUUUGCUUUUUAAUACCUAAAAGUCAGUUUUUUUUAUCUUUUUUUAUCACUUUACCUGUCGUUGGCCUGUGACAGGUUUGUAACAGUUUUCAGAACAAUUUGCGCCUCAAUCUUUCAUUAAAAUUGCUGUCACUACAAGAAAACACCUUAUAUGGAAAACGUGGUUUGAAGUGUCAGACAACUAUAAUUAUUAAGUCGACAAAACAUACCAAAAUUUGCAGUUGCAUUUGUAAGCGUUUCAAGAGCUAAAAAAUUCGGGUCUCCACUAAACGGAAAAACAUUUCUGAUUUUUUCGCAUUUUUAAAAUGCAGGUCUUAACUCGGACAACCGGAGCCAAAUACUUUCAUGGGCUAAGAAACUUAAUUUUGAUGCUUUUUUUUUUUUUCAAAUUGACUGGUUUUUCCACACAUGACCGACCAUAUCACAUUAUAGAAUUAUGAAGUGGGCGGAUUUUCAGGUUUAAAAUGCGAAUAAAGAGAUAAACGGUGGUUAUGACGUUUAGACAAAAAAUAAAGCCAUCACUAUCAAAGGAAAUAAAAGGCGGAAAUUUUGUACACAAAGAAAAUAUCAUGGUUGGAGUUGAUAGAAAUGUAAUUUAUUUUGCAGACACAUUUGAGCAAAGUUAGUGCAAUUUGCGCGAAUUAUGGGAUAUCUGAUGUCAGUCUACGUGACUAUGUUUCGUCUAAUUAUCUUUUGUUUUACCACAAACUCUUUCUAGCUCAAAGCCUUGAUUUAAUUUUUAUGAGCUCUUUAACAAAAGGAACUUAAUGAUCAAAGACGAAAUCAUCGCAGUUAGCCCUCCUUAGAGCGGGGAGUAAUUAUCUUCUUUUAUAAGACUACAUGUAAAUAAGUUGAUCGAAGCCAGUCUUUGUCUUCCUAACAAUAGUAUAGGUCGUCAACACAAUGUCCAGCUCGUUGAAAGUGUAUUGCUUUGCGAGCUAAACUAGCCUCGUGGAAGAAGAAAUCUUUGGUUAUAUGAGCGACGACGAGUCAUCGCUUCCACGAAAAUUCCUUGGCUUGCGAUCCAGUUUGGGAAUUUCAAAAUGGCGGGCAUUCCCCAUCAAAAACAAGUUAAUAUGAGGGUUAUCUUUCGCAAUUACGACAAAGAUUCGGACGGAUUUAUAAGUGUGAAAGACCUUGUUCACGUCUUCAAGGACUUGGGCGAAGAAAUAGGCGAUGAAGAACUGAAAGAACAUCUUCGAAUCACAGGUAUAAACAACCGACCAAACACGACGGUUUCUUAUGACAGCUUCCAGCGACUCUCCAAACAGAUUUUCCGCGAAACAAAGCGUGAGCGGCGUUUAAAAAGAGUAUUUCAAGAAUUUGACGUGGAGAAGAAAGGCUACAUCGAAGCACAAGGAAUAAAAAGAGUUUUACGCAGGCUCAACAUUGAUCAUACCGAGUCUGACAUAGAUCUAAUGAUCAAAAUGGCCGACACGAAGGGAGACGAGAGAGUGGAUUUCGACGAGUUUAUUCAAAUUUUUGGCGAGUCGGAUUUUAUUUAGAAAUUCGGCUACAACGAGGCAAGUUCUCUUGUAGAAACUUGAAAUGGUCAUAAAACUUGUCAUAUAUUGAUAAAGAACGUAAUUUUAAUACGGUAAAAAAGUUUAUUCAAACAACUUGUUAAACUUUUCAAGUGUUCCAUAGUUCUACUAAACCUAACAAUUAGUCCGAACGGGUCCUGAUAGAAAUAGAGAGAUUACGACGAUGAAUUAAACAUUAAUAACAGCGACGGAGCAUCAAUAUUUGCAAGAAACUGCAUGAUAGGUAAAUGUCUACGAUAAAAAAUUUACUUUAUUGACGAACGACCAAUUCAUCAAAUUCACUGAAAGACUUAAAAAUUAUUAUAAUUAAAAAGUAUCCUGAAUGUCAGCAGGAAAUUUCAAUAAAAAAUACAAAACAUGUCGUUGCUUCAGUGUCAAGUGCCUAACUAAUAAAAGUCAUCUCAAAAUUA